AUGUCUCUGCUCCUCUCCCAAAUGCUAUUACUACUUGCAGUUGCAUCUGCUGUGCCUGAUGGCAGAUGCUUAAAGAAAUGCGGCGACAUGGAGAUCCCUUACCCCUUCGGCAUCGGCGCCGUCAUCGCUAACUGUUCCGGGGAAGAUUGUUUCUUAAACAGUACCGAAACCGCCAUCGGUGCUAACUGUUCCUUGGGAGGAGGUUUCAAUCUAACGUGCAACACCAUGGACGGUGGCCUCAAGAAGCCAUUCUAUUACAAUGUUGAGGUCCUCAAUAUUUCGUUGGUGAUGGGCCAAGUGCGCAUGCUCAACCACAUAUCCUCGGCCUGCUACAAUUCAACUUACAACAAUGUCACUUACAGAGACUGGUGGCUGGAUAUGAGAGACACCCCAUACAGGUUCUCUAAUCUCCGCAACAAGUUCACUGCCAUCGGCUGCGAUACCCUUGCCUACAUACAAGACUACCAUGGGAACAAUAGCUACGCCAGUGGCUGUGUGUCCAUGUGCCGGGAUGAACAGAGCAUCGGCACCGAUGGCUCCUGCUCCGGACUCGGUUGCUGCCAGACUUCCAUACCCAAGAAUCUCAAAUACUAUUACGUCUCCUUUCCUACGACUUUCAACAACUCGGGUACUUGGAGAUUUGACAACUGCAGCUACGCCGCCUUAUUGGAGGCCGAGUGGUUCCAUUUCCAAACAUCUUACAUCACCACGGACCAAUUGAUGCAAAUGAAUAGCAAUGGUAGGGUGCCAGUAGUGAUGGACUGGGCCAUUGGAAAUGAGACGUGUGAGGUAGUAGCUAAGCGCAACCAAACCACCUCUUAUGCCUGCAUCAGCAAUAACAGCGUGUGCGUCAACUCCACCAAUGGUCCUGGUUAUCUCUGCAACUGUUCCGAGGGAUACCAAGGCAAUCCUUACCUCUCCAACGGAGACGGAUGCCAAGACAUCAAUGAAUGCAAUCUGCAACCAAAUCCAUGCUCACAUGGCGCCCACUGCCAGAACCUGCCCGGUAAUUACAGUUGUCACUGCCCCGAAGGCACAGACGGUGACGCUUACAAUGGAAAAUGCUCCGCAGCACAAAAUCAGACACUUAUUGGUGGCAAUAAUAAACUUCCCUUAACAGUGAAGGUGGCUGUAGGUGGUUGCAGUGGUGUAGUCAUUUUGUUACUUUGCAGUAUGUGUCUUUCUAUAGUCUAUCAAAGAAGAAAACUCGAAGAGAUGAAAAGAAAAUAUUUCAAACAACAUGGAGGUCACGAAUUAGAGGAAAAGAUGAAGCUAGAAAAAGGCCACAACAAAUUUAAGAUAUUUGGAAGCAAAGAAUUAGAGAAAGCAACAAAUCAUUUUGAUGAUAAAAACAUUAUUGGGAGAGGAGGAAAUGGAGUUGUGUAUAAAGGAGUUUUGGAAAACCAAGAUGUUGUUGCCAUUAAGAAACCUAAGAUUAUCAACGAGGAUUUGAAGAAACAAUUCGGAAUAGAGACACUUAUUUUAUCAGAUGUUAACCAUGUCAACAUAGUAAAGCUCUUGGGUUGUUGUUUGGAGAUGGAGAUGCCAUUGUUGGUCUAUGAGUUUGUCCCAAAUGGAACCUUGUCUGAUUUAAUUCAUAAAAAUGAGAACCGAGCGCUAGUUUCCUUGGAUACUCGACUACAAAUUGCUUAUCAGUCUGCUGAUGCUUUGGAUUACUUGCACUCAAAAGUGUCACCUCAAAUCAUUCAUGGAGACGUGAAACCCUCUAAUAUACUUUUAGAUAUGGAUAACACAGUAAAAAUUUCAGACUUUGGAGCUUCAAAGAUGAUUCCCAAGGGGGAGAAACAAUUUGCUACAUUAUUGCAAUUCACUCAUGGUUAUAUUGAUCCAGAGUGCCUGAUGACAUAUGCUUUGACCUAUAAAAGUGAUGUCUAUAGUUUUGGUGUGCUUCUCUUGGAACUAUUUACAGGUAAGAAGGCCAUUAAUUUUGAAGAAUCUGAAGAACAAAGGAGUUUGGUGUCGACUUUUGCUAUGUUCGAGAAUCAAAAAAGAGUUUCAGAGAUCUUAGACAAUCAAGUGAAAUUGGAAGCUAAUAUGGAAUUUAUUCAAGAGCUUACCAAACUUAUUAAGCAAUGUGUAAAGUUAAAUGGAGAGGAUAGGCCAACCAUGAAGGAAGUGGCCGAAGAGCUUUACAGAUUGAGAACUCAUAAGCAACAUCCAUUCGUGGUACAACAAGACGUUUUGGAAAUGGAAAACUUGCUCAGUGAGUCAUCAAAUGUUAACAAUGCUGGUUCCUAUUCUAAUUUUAGUACAGAGACCAUAUUCACUGGAUGA